UCCACAGGCAAUUUCUGCUAUGGCCUGGGGCACUGAAUCCUGCCCAAAGGUUGAGAAGAUAUAUGGGCCUGGGAACCAGUAUGUCACCGCUGCAAAAAUGAUUCUGCAGAACAGCGAAGCUAUGGUUUCAAUCGACAUGCCAGCUGGGCCUUCAGAAGUCCUUGUUAUAGCUGACAAGCAUUCCAGUCCUGUUCAUGUGGCAGCAGAUUUACUUUCACAGGCAGAGCAUGGGCCAGAUAGCCAAGUCGUACUGGUUAUUGCUGGAGAUGGUGUUGAUCUAAAUGCUAUUCAAGAGGAAAUUAGGAAGCAGUGCCAAGCCCUUCCAAGGGGCGAAUUUGCACUUCAGGCACUUAGCCACAGCUUCACUGUGUUAGCACGAGAUAUGCUUGAGGCAAUUUCCUUCUCAAACAUGUAUGCACCUGAGCAUCUGAUAAUCAAUGUGAAUGAAGCUGAGAAGUGGGAAAGUUUAAUUGAGAAUGCAGGUUCUGUAUUUAUGGGACAGUGGACACCUGAGAGUGUAGGAGAUUAUGCAAGUGGAACUAACCAUGUUCUGCCAACUUACGGGUAUGCACGGAUGUAUGGUGGGGUCUCUUUAGACUCUUUCUUGAAAUACAUUACUGUGCAGUCUUUAACAGAAGAAGGGCUGAGGAAUCUUGGCCCCUAUGUAGAGAAAAUGGCCGAAGUUGAGGGUUUGGAUGCCCACAAGAGGGCUGUAACCCUCAGACUACAGGACAUAGAAGCGAGGCAAAUAUCAAACUCAAGAUGAUACCAUAUGUGGAUCCCAUUUUUAUUCGUAAAAGAAUAAAUAUUGAGCAAUUCACUCGUCAUGCAAAUCUAAGGUAGUUUAUAGUUUGUUGCGGAGCUCUAUAUUUCCUGCACUGUGAUUUUUAUCCUUAAAAUGUUGAACUGGAAGCACACUCGGAAGAAAAAGAAGUAACGGUAAUGAGUACCAAUGGAUGAACGAGUUCAUCUGCUGUAUUUGUUGGAACAAAUUUAAACCAGAUAUCUGAAAAGAUUUUUUCAUCAAAUCAAGGCAGUACUAGAUUUGAGAGCUGUAUCUUAAUUGGGCUUUUGCCAUGUUUUCGUAAUAAAAGUUGUAAUGCAGCAAACUUGUAAUAUUUUGGAUUAGAUGUAAUUAUCGUGGUGACAAAAGGUUGCUCUUUUGGCUACAGAUAACGAA